CUUGCCUUUGGGUAUCUUGUUCAGGUGGCUAGAGACUUGAUCCACCCAUCCUUAGAGGAGGAGAAGAGGAAACACAAAAAGAAACGCCUGGUGCAGAGCCCAAAUUCCUACUUCAUGGACGUCAAGUGUCCAGGAUGCUACAAGAUCACCACGGUGUUCAGCCACGCCCAGAUGGUGGUUCCAUGUGUCGGAUGCUCAACCGUCUUGUGCCAGCCUACGGGAGGCAAAGCCAGACUCACGGAAGGUUGCUCAUUUAGAAGAAAGCAGCACUGAGCAAUUCCUCUGCUGCUGCACAUGCCGUGGAAGCCUUACCCGACUGACAACACCGCAGCUGAAUCUAGCAAAGUUAAUUCUGUUUCGCUUGACAAA